AUAUAUUCAACUCUUUGCUUUCCAACAACAAACACCUUCAAAUCAAAGUCAAUAUUUUCACUCAAAUCAUCCCAAAAAAAUGUCUUCUCACGAGCAAAGCUACAGAGCUGGUGAAGCCAAGGGCCAUGCUCAGGAGAAAACCGGGCGUGCGAUGGAUGCGGUGAAGGACAAGGCUGAGGCGGCGAGGGACAAGGCCUCGGAGGCCGCAGACGCAACGAAGGAGCGCGGCCGCGAGACCAAGGAGCAGACGGGGAGCUACGCGCAGGCGGCCAAGGACAAGGCCGCCUCAGCGGCGGAGGCCACUAAGGAGAAGGCGUCGCAGAUGGCGGAAUCGGGCAGGGAGACGGCCGCUGCUGGGAAGGAGAAGACGGGAGGGUUUCUGCAGAAGACCGGGGAGCAGGUGAAGGGGAUGGCGCAGGGGGCUGCCGAUGCGGUGAAGCACACUUUCGGGAUGGCGGAGGAGGAUGAUGAAGAUGUUGUGCUUAAGAAGAGAGAUGAUACUAAUUAUUAAGUUUGUUUUUAUGUGGUUUUCUUCUUGCUUUUUUUUUUAGUAAGAAACCGACUUUGGAAAUCUCUCUCCCUCUUUUCUUAGGGGGUGUUUAAUUUUAAGUGUGUUUGCAAUAAAACUUGAUACUUCUCUUU